UCAGAUUCAGGGAAUGAAUCAUUAAUCUAAAAAUUAUUGUUAUAAUUCUCGUUGAUUUCUAAUUUCCCCAAAAAUAAAAUUUAAAGCCUUGCUCCACAAUAAUGUGUACGUGCCCAAAGCAAAGACAGUGCAGCACAGGCACAAACAGAUCGAUUCUUCCUUGGCUUUCGGAGACUUACUUUUUGAUUUGCUCUUUUUUUUCUUUCCAUGAUUUUCAUCAGAAAAUGGAAGGAAAAGAUUCCCAUGCAAAUGGCAACUUGGCAGUGGAGUUUGAAGGUGAAUUGGAAAGAAGGCAGCACUGUGAAUCUUUUGAAAUGUCACAGGUCCCAAGGACAGACGGUUUGGAUGGGCCUUUCAUGAUGCCCCUUUUACCAGCUCCAAAUGUGGAUCGGUUUAAUUCAAAGGCAUCUGUUGUCUUGACUGGAACCGCUACAAGAGGGGGAACUGGGCCAGCUGUUGGAGCUGUGGACAUUGGAGUCGGCAAAUCUGCAUAUUUUUUUCGGGUUGCUCUGCCUGGGGUCAGGAAGGAUCCAGGUCAGUUCAGCUGUGCUAUUGAACGUGAUGGAAAGGUCCACUUACGAGGUGUGACAACGACUGGUGGAAGAACUGUUUUCAGACAUUCUCGUGUUUAUGAAAUGAAAUUCCAGCAACAAUGCCCACCCGGACCAUUCACACUUUCUUUCAGUCUGCCAGGACCUGUUGAUCCAAGGCUUUUUUCACCCAUCUUCAAAUCUGAUGGAAUUCUUGAAGCUAUCAUCAUGAAAUAUGAGUAAUACAUCAUGUUCAGGUAUCUGUUGGUUGAGUCUAUAGCUCGAUGUUGUUAGAGCAUAACCUAGUUGAACACUAUGGCAUACAUCCCGAUGUUGUUAGAGCAUAACCUAGUUGAACACUAUGGCAUACGUCUCUCUCUCUCUCUCUGAUCUGGGUGAACUACAAUGGGGUUGCUGUCUUGACAGCCCAUUUCAGAAAACAUCUGAGAUGUGUACAUAUUGUGUAUGCUGCUUGGUCUGGUAUGAAUGGUGUUCAUAUUUUACGCAGAUGAUCUGUACAUUGUAACAUGCAUGGAUGCUGAAUUUUGGAGGUUAUUAUUGUUUACAAAUUUCCUGAA